UGCACAAUUAUCCAGUGCCCACGCGGUCCCCGUGGCCCACCCGGAAACAACGGGGUACCGGCAGAUGACGGACUACCCGGUGUUCCAGGACGUCCUGGUGUAGAUGGAGUAUAUUUAGGAGAGGAAACAAUUUGUCCACCAUGCCCACCAGGGCCUAGAGGAGAGGACGGACCACGAGGAGAACAAGGUGAACCAGGAAAACCGGGGAUUCCUGGAUUGCCUGGGACCGAUGGAACAAACGAGCCAGGCCCUGCUGGAGCCCCAGGAAGUAGGGGUCAGUCAGGAAGACCUGGAAAACAGGGCAUUCCUGGUGAGCCAGGACAAGACGCAGUUCAGCUCAUCGGUGUACCUGGGCCAAAAGGAGAACGAGGACCUCCUGGAUUCCCUGGGCCACGUGGAGAUCCAGGGUUCAGUGGACUGCCGGCCCCUCCAGGACCGGAAGGACCGCCAGGACCGCCUGGAGAGACUGGAGAUCAAGGCGAUUUUGGACUACGUGGUGCACCAGGACGAAAAGGUCCUCCUGGAGAAGACGGAGGAUACUGUCAAUGUCCUCCUCGAGAAGGAACCGGAGUAGCGAACCGUGCCGGCGUGCAGCAACUUCCUGCUAGCUGGGAAGAAUAUCCAGAGCCUCCUCCACCUCAAUACAGAAAGCCAAAACCGUCAUUGUCAGUAAGGCCGCAGUUCACUGAAGACGAAUAUAUCGAAUAUCAACGUAAAAAUAAAAAUAAACACUAUAAGGAUUCUCCUCAAGCGAAUAUCUGGUAA